AUGUUACAUACAGUGAAGGCGGUUGACGACGACAAACCCCCUUUUAUCGACGAGAAUGAACGGACAAUGGAUCCGUAUGUGAACGACGUGGUGAAUACAGAGCUCCUACGUCUAGCGGAUUGUACUUCAUCCUCCAGCGAAAGAGACGUGCCAGUCUCGAGCAGCGGCUCGAGACGCAAGAGAAAGCGUAACGCCAAAAAAGGCACUCCGAUAUUCGAGACGACAUUAUCGUCAACCGAUAACGAAGAUGAUAUUGUAGUGACGAAUUACGUAUUUGCGCGGCAUGUAUACUGGCUGGCAGUUUCGACUGACUUGCGCGGCAGUGCACGAGAAGAAAGAGGGUGGCCUCCCCCGUGGGGAUUGCACCAACGACAACUGGCUUAA